CCUCUGGAUCUAAGCAUAUAGAACAUAGGCACCUGGAGUCCUUGCUGCUUCACAGCCCUCUCUAUCCCUCUAUUUCUGCAUCUGCAGGCCAACCAGAGAGCCAGCCGGAGCUGUUGUUGAUGCUUCUACAGGGAUCUGCUUUGGCUUAGUGAGAGGAGGCCGUAACUCACCUGCGCUCACAGACACACACACACAGACAAACAGCCAGACAGACACACACUCAAGGUUGCCCGGCCCAUCCGCCUCACACACACCUUUGGAGUGCACUGUGAGAGAGGAGGAGAGGAGUACACCGUGCUGGUUCUACUCUAUAGUAAUGUCGUGGGACUGUGGCCUGAAGUACAUAUUCUCUGGGUCCCCGGCGCUGCAGCCGGGGGGUGUGUGUGCCCUGCACGACAAGGAGGACCUGUCCCGUCUGGAGAUGGUCCAGAGACUGGCCAAGGACGGAUGCCGCUUCCUCCAGAACCACAACAACAGCAGCAAGGCCGCCCCGGAGAGGACAGCAGAGGCCCACAGUGACGAGGCAGUCCGUGUAUGUGUGCGGGAGCGGGGCCAGGAGGUGCUGGUGCUCCAGAGAGUGUCGUCACAGCGGCCAGCCCCCUCCGCAUCGGCCAGGGGAGGGCGGAGACCAGAGGAGGGGGACAGGAGUGUUGUCUCUGACAGGUACGUGGUGGUGUCAGGGACCCCAGAGAAGAUCCUAGAACACCUGCUGUCUGUCUUGAGGCUGGACAACCACCGUGAUGACCAGGGGAGCACACAGCAGACCAAGGAGUCAGAGCCUCUCCUGGAUGACUUCCUGCUGACAUACCUGGUGUUCAUGUCAACCAGUGAUCUGUGUCAGGCUCUCCUGGGACACUAUUGUUCAAAGAGACACCACCGGGGGAAAGAGGAAGGGCAGGAGGUUCUGGACAGGAAACGGCAGGUCCUGCACCUGGUGACACAGUGGACAACACUGUACAGGGACUUCCUACGAGAAGACGAGCAUGUUAAACUCUUCAUGAAGACAUUGUAUCGUUUCCUCCUGGAUGACCUGUAUGAGUAUCCAACUCUAGAGAAGGAGCAGAAGGACCUGCAGAAACUCCUGCGGCUGCAUCGCAGACAUACAGCGGAGGAGUAUUCACCCCACAGAAAGAGCAAAGCUCUUUCCCACCAACUGAGCCUGAAAGAGAACGGGCUCCCGACCAGAGGAACUCAAAGGGAGACCAGGGAAGUGUUGUGUCAUGUGUACGUGAGCAUGGACUCAUAUCUGAGUGUGAGGAGCCUGGCCAGUGUUGUGGCCCAGGGGCUGCUGCAGGAGGUGGCUGAGAGACUGGAUGUCCCCCUGGAGGAGCUGGUCCUGCUGACUGUCACAUACCCUGGAGAGAAACUCCUCCUGAAGCCUCAGGACAGGCUCUACUCUGAUUCGCUGACAGCAGUGGGGAGGCUGCACGUGUGCAGAAAGGACCUGAGUGAAGUCAUGAACCCGUUCACAGACAACGCAGAGCUACAACAGAGGUCAGCUCGCAUGCUGAGUAUGAACACAUGGGACGUGGCUGUCACCCUUACAAACUUUGACUGGAGUGUCUUCAACUCAAUACAUGAGCAAGAGCUGGUGUACUUCACGUUCAGCCGUCAUGCCAGCGGUGGCCACACGGUGGCGCUGGAGCUGCUGCUGCAGCGCUGCAAUGAGGUACAGCUGUGGGUGAUGACAGAAGUCCUGAUGUGUCCUACGCUCUGCAACAGAGUCCAGCUCAUCAAGAAGUUCAUCAAGAUCGCUGCCCACUGUAAAGCCCAGAGGAACCUCAACUCUUUCUUUGCCAUCGUUAUGGGUCUGAACACCGCAGCAGUUAGCCGCCUCAGUCAGACCUGGGAGAAAGUUCCAGGAAAAUUCAAAAAACUGUUUUUGGAACUGGAGAUGUUGACAGACCCCUCUCUCAACCACAAAGCCUACAGGGACACUUUCAAGAAGACCAAGACGCCGAAGAUCCCUUUCCUUCCUCUGCUACUGAAAGAUAUCACUUUCAUUCACGAGGGCAACAAAACGUUUCUCGAUAACCUGGUCAAUUUUGAAAAGCUGCACAUGAUAGCCGACACGGUGCGUCUCAUCAGACACUGUCAGGAGGAUCACAUGGGGAACGGGAUGCCCCAGAAGAGCAGUCCGGAGGUACAGGCCUAUGUCGACUACCUUCACAUCAUUGACAAUCAGCAGACUCUGUUUGAACUGUCCCACAGACUGGAACCCCGUGUGUAGAUAGACCACACAUACACUCUCUGAGUCUGCCUCCCUCCACCCCUCGAAGUCAGACCACCAAGGAGAAGGGUGCCAACUAGUCUCUGGAAACACCCCUCAGAACUCUGUUACCAACUUAGAGAAACAUGGGUUGGCCAACUCUACAGAGCCCAACUCUAACACACACACACACACACACACACACACACACACACACACACACACACACACACACACACACACACACACACACACACACACACACACACACACACACACACACACACACACACACACACACACACACACACACACAGGAUUCUAUUAAUCAGCUACACACACAGCAGGACUUUGAUGAGUUGAAUUAGGUGGGUUAAUGCAGGGCUGGAACAGAAGCCAGAGGAAUAGGGUUGGCCAGAGCCGACAGAGAGAUGACUGUGUGGUGCUGGCCAACCACAAGAUGGCGCCAAAAGGCAUACUGGAAUACUGAGCAACGAUGGAGCAGAGGUAACCAAAGAGCUUCUCAGUUUAACAAAUAGAUCUGGACCCGUAUUGAUCAAAGGAUCCCAGAGUAGGAGUGCUGAUCUAGGAUUAGUUUAGCCUUUUGGAUCAUAAUGAAUGGACAGGGACCUAGAUCAGCACUCCUACUCAGUGAUGUCCUGGGAUAUAAAUAGGUGGAUAAACUUGGAUCGCUGGUCGCAGUGAAAAAAGUAACGCUUCCUAUUCUUUCAAUGCAUUUUUUUGCAAAAGUUGGGUACAUUGUUGGGGCCCUCCCCCCAAAAAGGUGGGUACAUUGUUGGGGCCCUCCCCCCAAAAAGGUGGGUACAUUGUUGGGGCCCUCCCCCCAAAAAGGAGGGUACAUUGUUGGGGACCUCCCCCAAAAAUGUGGGUACAUUGCGUUUACC